GGCGCGUCGCUCGGUCAACCGCCGCAGAAAGCCCGAGACGACUUCCGAAAACAUCAAAGGAACAGAGAAAUCAUCCUCGCAAACAGCCAAACGACCAACGACCCUUGAUCUCGAACAGGGUUCCAGCCUUGUGUUGCGCAUUUCAUUAAAUCUCUUUCUUCUUCGCAUCAAUUGGUAUCCCAAUUGGUCUAUCAUGUCUGUCAGAGUGGUGGCGCGGAUUCGGCCUUUACUUGCAAAGGAACUCGACAGAGAUACGAUUGUACGCGCAGAAAGCAGCCAGGAGGGAAAGCCUAAUAACGUCGUUCGAAUUCCGAAUCCCAAGAAUGAGGCCGAGGAGUUUAGCUUCACCUUCAACGGUGUUUAUGACAUGGGCACAACACAGGAGGAGCUUUUUACGAACGAGGUUGCCCCGCAUUUGAAGAGUCUAUUCCAAGGUUUGGAUGUUAUGGUGUUUGCAUACGGCGUUACGGGUACGGGAAAGACACAUACGAUGAGAGGCGGCUUGAAGCUGUCGGAGAGAGGAAUCAUCCCACGUCUGCUAAGUGGAAUAUAUCGACGAGGUAGAAAGGUCACGAAAGACUCUGGAGAUGAAACAACAGUCACUGUUACACUCUCUUAUUACGAAAUCUAUAACGACAAGGUGUACGAUCUCUUUGAGGCGCCGGACAAGAGGUCACUGGCGGGUUUGCCAAUUCGGGAGAAGGACGGAAAGACUUUCGUGGUUGGACUUUCGGAACAUGCAUGUGAUGACCUGAAGGAUUUCGAAAGACUGUAUAUCGAAGCCAACAACAACCGGAGUACAGCUGGCACCAGUCUUAAUGCGCAGAGUAGUCGAAGUCAUGCAAUUCUUAUGGUCAAGGUAACACAGACAAACGGAGAUGAGACCUUGAUCAGUACAGCAUCUGCCAUUGAUCUGGCUGGUUCUGAAGAUAACCGGCGAACAGAUAAUAAUAAGGAGAGAUUGGUGGAGUCGGCGAGUAUCAACAAGAGCUUGUUUGUACUGAGUUCUUGUAUCGAUGCAAUUGGAAGAGGCGACAAGAGAAUUCCUUUCCGGGAGAGUAAGAUGACCCGAAUCCUCAGUCUGGGUCAGAACAACGGGAUUACGAUUAUGAUCUUGAAUCUUGCGCCUCUGAGAUCGUAUCAUCUGGACACGCUCUCAAGCCUGAAUGUUUCGAGUAGAGCGAAGCGUAUCGAGGUUCGGGAAAUCGAGAAUGAGGUCGUGUUCACGCAGCCACCUAGAAAAACUGUGCCACUUUCCGGAACCUCAAUGGCGCGACAACCAUUGAGACCCUUGGCGAACGCUCAUAAUACUCAUGCCAAUGCAGCAUCUCAGAAAGGAGAUAAGCCUGCAAAAUCCUUCUCGGUCUACACAGAUAAAUCGAAGACAACAGGACCACCGCGUGCACCAGCUCCACGAGCAAAUACUACCUCCAAACGCCCCUCGGAUUCCUCACUGAAUACUCGACCAACGAAAAUGGCUCGAGCAAAUCCUACUGGGUUGAGAUCUGGGGUGGAGCUUUCAUCGGCGAAGAUCGAGGAAAUGGUUGAGCGAAAAGUUCAAGAAGCACUUGCUGCACGACAACCAGCUACUGUCCCUGUGGGACUUAGUGACGAGGUGCAGCGAAGACUCGAAGCCCUGGAAAAGAAGAUAGAGAGUGGAGAAGCUGAGGAUGCUAGGGCCGAGGGACUACGUUUCUUGUUGAUGGCACGGCAACAUAAAUCCCGCGGGGAGGAAUCGAGUGCUCUGAAGAUGUACGAGCUGGCGCUACCUUUCUUCCCAGAACAAGAGAAGCUGCACAAGAAGAUCGAGCAUUUGAAGGAGAAGAUUCGAGCUAAGAAGGAUGACGCAGCUGUGAGAUCUGCUGGACAAAAUGAAGUGGAGAAGCGCAAGGCUUUAGCAACAAUGCCUAUCGUUAUACCCCCAUUGCCUCAAAUGUCUUCUGAAGGCUCAAAUGAAUCACCCAAGCCCCGAAGAGCGAAGACAGGUACGGACUCGGACGAUGACUUCAAUGGAUCCGCAGUUCUCCAAGCCGAUGACUACGACGACGACGACAGCUUUUGUUACAGAGCCACUAAGGCAAAGAAGCCGAAAGCCAAACCAGCUCCCAAAUCCGCACUCCGGAUCUUCUCCGAUGAAGCAGACGCUGACAGCCUUGAACCACCAACACCACGCACCCGACACCUCCUAGAUAUUAUCAACUCACGAAACGUCACCAUGAUCAGAGGUCUCAGCGGGGUUGGUGCGAAGAAGGCCCGGGACUUAGUCGAAUUCCUUGAACUGCAGAACGAGGACGAGGGUGGUAACAUCAAGAAUUUACAGCAAUUGAUUGCGGUACCCGGCCUGGGUAAGCGGAGCGUUGAAAGGGCUUAUGAGGGUAUCACGGCUUUACUUGUAUGAAUAUGGGGAUUUUGGCGUUGCAUUUCUUGGUGUUUGCAGGCUUGGUGGUUGGCUAUUAUUGUUUGAACGGGACUGCAUAUAUGAAUUUUGUGGCGGCGAUGAGGAGUUUGGAGUGGGAUUGAGGGGACUCAAGAGAGUCGUGAAUAGAUAAUGCUAUCGCGUAUUCAUUCUAGACAUAUAGACUUUUUGAUCAGAC